AUGCGGAGAGCCCGAGGUAGCCUAAUGAUGGAUUUUGAUGAGCGUGUUCCUUGUUCCUCUAACAUGUAUUUGCCAAGUUGUACUUACUACGUGUCGGGUCCUGAUUUCUCCAGCCUCCCUUCCUUCCUGCCCCAGACCCCGUCUUCUCGCCCCAUGACAUACUCCUACUCCUCCAACCUACCCCCGGUCCAACCUGUGCGAGAAGUCACCUUCCGGGAGUACGCCAUUGAUCCGGCCAGUAAAUGGCACCCCCGGAACAAUCUCCCCCACUGCUACUCGGCGGAGGAGAUCAUGCACAGGGACUGCCUGCCCGCCUCCAACACGGCUGCGGCCGGCAUGGGCGACGUGUUCGGGAAGAGCCCGGCCAACGUCUACCACCAUCCCAGCGGCAGCGCCGGCGUCUCGUCCAAUUUCUAUAGCGCGGUGGGCAGGAACGGGGUGCUGCCGCAGGCCUUCGACCAGUUCUUCGAGACGGCUUACGGCUCGGCGGAGAGCCACGCGGACUACGCCGGCGAGAAGAGCGCCGAGAAGGGGCCGCCCUCGGGAGCCGCGCCGGUGGCCGCGGCGGCAGCGGCAACUUCAAGUUCGGAGGGCGGCUGCGGCAGGGAGGCGGCGGCGGCGGCGGCGGGCGCGGGAGCAGGAGCAGCCCCGGCGGCGGCCGAGGAGAAGGAGCGGCGCCGGCGGCUGGAGAGCAGCAGCAGCCCCGGCUCGUCUUCCGGCAACAAUGAGGAGAAAUCCAGCGGCUCCAGUGGACAACGUACGCGUAAAAAGAGAUGCCCAUACACCAAAUAUCAGAUUAGAGAAUUAGAAAGGGAAUUCUUCUUCAGUGUCUAUAUAAACAAAGAGAAACGCCUCCAGCUCUCCCGAAUGCUCAACUUGACCGACCGUCAAGUAAAAAUAUGGUUUCAAAACAGAAGAAUGAAAGAGAAAAAAAUUAACAGGGACCGAUUACAAUAUUACUCAGCUAAUCCACUACUUUAAAACUCGUAGCGUUUUUCAUAUCGAGAUUAAAUUCAGAUCUCGCCCUUGACAAGGUCAAGCCACAAGGUUACCUAUGAGAAGGAGUCGUGUAAGAUGACGGAGGACUCUGAAAAACUAAGUGUCCCCCCCCCCACCUCCUAAAAGCAAACGUACAGGUUUUCUUUUCCUUUUGAAGUUCUUCUUUAUGUAUCAACUGGAAUGAAUUGGAGCCAACAUCGUUUGGUCGGCGUGCAACUUCCACCUCCUACCUUCAGACACCACAGUUCCGUUAGGGGUUCAUGCGGGGAGUGGUUGGCUUCAGGAUGCUUUUAAACUAUAUUAACUUGGUUUACUGUGGAACAUUGGUUGGGAGGAUACACCUGGCAGCCCGAGAGCUUGAGGAUCAAUGAAAAAAUCAAACCCAAAAAAAUCCUUCAAAUGUCCUCCACCACUUUGCUAUAAAUGCACAAACCGCUACCCCAACACCCUUUACUCCCUUUUCUUCCACAAGAAGGUUUGCCCUCCUUACCAA